AGUUUCAUCUCAUAAGUUUACCAUAACAUGAGUUUUUCUUUUUGCUAACUAAAGAAUUGAAUACCAUAAUUUAUUUGGACAAUAACCGGUUGCUAGAUCUCUUUCCACAUCUGCUGAGACUCGAAUACGGUGCUCCGGGUGCCAUAACAUGAGUUUCUCUAAAUGUGUAUAUAAACACAUAAUUAACUAACUUGUGGGUAUCCAUAUAAUUUCAUGUAAUUUAUGAAAGUAUAGGCAUAUUCUUUGUAAAUGAAUACCAUACAUAUUAUGAUAAAUAUAUUGAGAAAAUAUAUAUUAUGAAAUUGCAUAUUAAAUAUUUUCUAAAUAAAAAGUAAGUAAUAUAAUUUUAUUUGUAAGUUAAUUCCGGUAUUAAACAUAAAUUAGUUAAAAUAAUAAUAGUGAUAAUUCCUUACAAAUAUGUCCUUUUAAAUAUACACAUAUAUUUAGCAUUUUGUGUUAUCAAGCAACAUAACAUGCAUUCAUCCAUUCUUUCUUCUUCUUGUUGCUGCUUUCAUUGGAUUAAGCAACAAUGCACUCUAACAGUUUAAAAUAUAUAACGGAAAAGAGUAAAGUUAAGGUGGUUGGAAAAAAAGUUGUUUUUGGAUAAGCUGAUCCUCUGUUAGUCAAUGCUUUUUACAACCAUUACCAGCUCUUUCCCAUGGUAAACAUUUUUUCUUUUGUUAAUAAAUACAUUUAACAUUUUAAUUUUUUUUUAAAAUAAAAAAACGAUAAAAUAAAUAGACGAUUUUGAUUUGCGGAGUGUCAAUAUCAAAUUUGACGGAAAAUGUAUUGGAUUGGUCGUCUGAUUAAAAACAAGAAGGCCAUUAUCAUCCACUAAGUGACAUAUGUAUACUUUAAGUCUAAUCAUAUCUCCAUUAUGUCUUUGUUUUUAUUUCAUAUAUCGCCAAGUUUCUAUGCUAUGUUGUGGAUCUAUACUUUGUCUUCUUUGAAAUGUCGUUUAUUGCAUAAUGUCUAUCUACGACUACACAUACGUUUAAUACAGGUAUAUAUAUAAAAUUGUAUACACAUGUCUCUAUGGCUUAAACAUCUCCUAGAUCGUGAUUUUUCUAGUGCCCUCCCAAGAAUAAGUAUGGAUUCUAGCUACUGUUGUUUUAUGUAAAUCCAUGUUACGACUUUUUGGUCUAUGGUAAUAUUAUUCGACGUUUACAUAUAAACAUGUGCAUAUUUAGGCGUUCACCUUCAACUAGUGACAGUUAUAAAGAAAUGUGCAUACUUGUUAGCGAAAACCAUUAUACUAUGAGAUUUAUUCAAAAAAAAAAGUUGAACAACCACGCAUUAAUAUAACGAAUUUUAGAAAGUUUUUUUUUUAACAACUCCUUUGUUAAUUUUAUAUAACAAUGGUGCCUUGAUUGGCACUAUUUAUAAAGAAAAACACUAGGUGACAAAGAAAGUUGAUAUUCUAUUAUUCUGAGUAUUUUCCAUAAAAAUGAUUAAUCAAUGCAGCAGACUAAUUCGUCCCUAUUAUUUAGAGCGUUUUCAAUUAAAACAUUUAUUAUAUAUAUGAAUGUUUCUUACACUUUGGGGAGUUUAUGUAAGAUAUAAAUAUUGCACUUUUAUGAAUUAAAAGCAUGUCGAAUCUUAGGAGGGAGAAAAACGAGUCUGCUCAUGCAUGUUAAUAUACACAACAAACUAAUUCUUACAGUUUGAAAAACUAAAUUUGAUUUCUAACAAUUUUUAAUAUACUUUACCGUAUAUGGCGUUUUAUUUUAAGUAAUUCUUUUUUUUUUGGUACAAUUUAUUUUAAGUAAUUCUUGCUGGUGCAUUCUCCUUAUGGGAUUGUUAUCAGUUUUAUUUGCUAACUAGGUUUGUAAAUGGGGUCCUUGUAAAUGUAACUGUAACUAAAUCACAAUACUGACUGUACAAAUUCAAAAUUAAUACUUUUGAUAUUUAAAUGGUAUGAGCUAUUGAACUGUCAAUAUAUAUACAGCAAGAUUUAUUUUUAUUUUGUUAGAGACAAAACUAAGUUUAUUAUAUUGACUAUAAUUUGUAUAAGCGCCGUUGAUCAAAUUCGAAUACAUGUAGUUUUUUCAUUUCGGAUCUAAAUAUGCAUAAUUAAAUACAUAUCUUCUUUGUUGGUUUAAAUAUAUUAAAUACAUAUGUUAUUUUAUCAUUCUCUGGAUACAAACGCGUUUUAACUAUAUAUUAAACGCGUUUCUUUAUAGUUUAAAAUCCCGUUUGUUUAUGUGCCUAUAUUUAUGUGCAUGUGAAUCUUGAUUAUUUGAUAAAGGGAAGAAUAUAUUACUAUAUUAUAGUAUAAUGAAGUCUCGAAAAAUUAGGGGAAUAUUCUAGUGCCGCCAAAGUUCAAGAAGAAAAAUCCAAAACUAAGACAUUAAAUAAAUAUAAAUAAUAUUUUAUAGGAAUCUUAAAACAUGAUUACAGUAUGAUUAAAGUGGAAAUUACAUAAAGAAAUAGUAACAAGUCAGCCCACAACCUGACGACCUCUCGCCCUUCCAAAAAUUCACCUGCAUUUUGACAGUUAUAUGUCUCUUAGCUUCUUUCAAUUAACUAACACAUCGUAAUUAUUUUACUUUUCAGCUAGGAGGUAUAAAAGCACAUAUAUAGUUAAUUAACUUAAUUUUGUUUGAAAAGCGAUAUGAUCCAGAUUGAUAUAUAAAAAAAAUUAGAUUUUAGAAGUAUGAAGUAUUGAUCUACUUGUAGCACGUAUAAAAAUUAUAAUACUAAGUAUGAAUUCUAUUCUACAAAUCAUUUUUCUAAUGUAAAAUAGUUUAAAUAGCACUUUUAAAAAUAUUAUGAUUCAUAGUCCUCACAUUGUAUUAACUAAGUUAAUAAAAUAUGAAAGGAAAAACACUUUGAUAUAUUGGAAGAAAAAAACUUUGCUAAAGAAAAAGGAAAAGGGAACAUUGCAAAAAGAUACUUGUAAAAAAGCAUGAAAAAGAUACUCGUAUCUACUAACUUUAUUCUCAAUUCUAGAGAGCAUUCACAUUUUUUAGUUGUUAAUGUUUUUUUCCUCACAGAAAUAAGAAAAUGAUGUAAGAAAAUUCCCAAUACUUUUUUAACUGUGAUUUGAUCUUAUUUGGUCAAAUAUAAAUGUUCUAAAUGGCAAGAAUAAUUGUUUGAAUUCAGUUUAAAAUACUUUGUUUAUCAAUUAAAAGGGAGACUAGAAAAAGAAAAUCGAAUAUUUAAAGUGGGGGUAUGCCCUUUUUCAAAAAAAAAAAAAAAAGUGGGGGUACUUGAAAGGAAGAGUUUAUAAUGUCGCAUGGUUUUUGUUUUCACUGUCCACCAGACGAUUAUUCUCUUUUGCCUAUUUAGGUUCUUGAAUGACUUGUCGUAUGUUGUUGGAUUUACCUCAUCAGCACGUGCAUGGAUACACGUGCAUUGCAGGUUUAGUUCUCAGCAAACGAAAGAUGUAACCAUCGCCGUUGGAUCUGUUUGCUUCUUUGACCACCCUUAAUUUACGGAAAUGUAAAUCUCAAUCAGUCAAUUAUGAAAAGGAUCAAUAAAGCGUUGGCUCUCAUAUAAACUGUAACAAUCAUUUUAAUUGUUUAAAGUAUAACAUAUUCAACUAUUUAAUUUAGUUAUUUUUUCAAAAUUUAAUCCAUUAUUCAACUUCUAGCCACAUAAUUAUUGAUGCCUUUGGCCCGAUCCUUACAAAAACUUUAUCCAAACCUAAUUGAUAUGAAAAUGUUUUUAUAUUGUAUCGUUAUCGCAUAUACAUCAUGAUUGUACUGAAAAAUAUAACACUAAGAGAAUCUAUAAUGAGAAAAGAAGGAAAUUGACAGGAAUAUCAGUUACAAAAAAAAAAAAAAUUGACAGGAAUAUGAAAAAGCAAAUAAAUACGAGAAAAUAAUUAAGGCUAAAUAAAUAAUGAGAUCAUCACACCAAAUAGAAAAGGCAGACAUAGUAACUUUCUGUGUGUCAUGACGCACUGCCACUUCCACUGAAAAAAAGCUAGUAGUAUCAAAUAUUGAAGAUAAUAGUAGUCAGGUAAAUUUUAUAGAGUUAAGUUCCACCGCCAUUAACUUUUAACUAAUAAACAGAUAAAAAUAGGGAAAUAUAUGUUUAAUUAUAAAUGAAAAUGGCUGCGACAGUUUGAUCAAGGUGCUUAUAUAUAUGAAAGAUGAAUAAUAUUUUUUAUCACACAUAUUUGCUUAACUGUGUAGGGUGGGUGUGUGCCUAUAUAAGUAAACAACCAAUAUAACUUCUCUUUUGUAUUAUCCUCUCAUUCUAAUUACAUAAGAUUCUAAGUGCUUCUGGUCUUUUUGUUCUCUCUUAAUUUUCCUUUAAAUCUCAUCUCUAAUCUUAACUUUCUCUUUUGUAUUUCUCAACAAAACUUUCGUCCAGAGGAAGUCAUGACAGCUGAAGAACAUACAAUCUCUAGUAGUGGAGGAUAUGUCCAAAACUUAUCAGCAACUGAUCAUGUCGAUCAUCGUCAUGAACAUGAACCCUUUAAUCCUCCUCUUGCCAAGAAGAAGAGAAACCUCCCUGGAAACCCUGAUCCAGAAGCUGAAGUCAUAGCUCUAUCUCCAAAAACACUUAUGGCCACAAACCGUUUCCUCUGCGAAAUAUGUGGAAAGGGUUUUCAAAGAGACCAGAAUCUACAGCUUCACCGUCGAGGUCACAACCUCCCAUGGAAGCUAAAGCAGAGGACAAGUAAAGAAGUAAGGAAACGAGUGUAUGUGUGUCCGGAGAAGAGCUGCGUCCAUCACAAUCCGACAAGGGCACUUGGUGACCUUACAGGAAUCAAGAAACAUUUUUGUCGCAAACAUGGCGAGAAGAAGUGGAAGUGUGGCAAAUGCUCCAAGAGAUAUGCAGUCCAAUCUGAUUGGAAAGCUCAUUCAAAGACUUGUGGGACUAGAGAGUAUAGAUGUGACUGUGGUACUAUUUUCUCCAGGAGAGACAGCUUCAUAACACAUAGAGCGUUUUGCGACGCCUUAGCAGAAGAAACUGCUAGGCUAAACGCAGCUUCUCAUCUCAAAAGCCCCACCGGUAAUAAUCUUAAUUACCAUUAUCUUAUGGGCACACUCAUCCCAUCACCACAACCACCACCGUCGUUUCCAUUUGGAGCACCGCAACCGCAACAUCACCACCACCCUUUUCCCAUCACAACCACCACCUUUGAUCAGCAUCAUCAUCAAGACUCCAUGCAACCUGCUUCUUCACUCUCUCUAUGGAUGGGAGGAAAUGUUAAUCAUCAUCAAGUGACCAACGAGGACUGUACGCAGCCGCAGUCACCGCAGGAGGAUUAUAACUGGGUUUUUGGGAACGCAAAUAAUAGCGGCGAGUUAAGCGAUUCACUCAUCACACGUGAAAAUAUCAAUAUGGCUGCCCAUAAUGAAAACGCAAACGCGGUUACUUCUCUUUCCGUGCCUUCUCUUUUUAGCAACGUCGACCAAAUGAGACAAGACGCAAACGUAGCGGUCGCAAAUAUGUCGGCAACUGCGUUACUUCAAAAAGCGGCUCAAAUGGGCGUCACUUCUUCUACUCCGACCACCACCAGCGACCAGUCAGCGUUUCUUCAGAGUUUUAAGUCGAAAAUCUCCGACCAGAGUCCGAAUGUAGAAGAUGGUGGCAGUGACAAGUUCUUCGCAUUGUUUGGAUCGAACAGUGUCGGCUUAAUGAGUAACAAUGGUCUUGGUCACGAGAUCGUGAACCCUAGAAAUGGCGUUACGGUCGUUACGGGGAUUGAUGAAUUACAGAAUUACCCUUUGAAGCGUAGAAGAGUUGAGAAUGGGGAUGCAUUAGGAGGAGGGCAAACUCGAGAUUUCCUUGGAGUUGGUGUACAAACAAUGUGUCGUUCAUCUUCUAUCAACGGAUGGAUUUAAAAGUUGAAACACUUGUAAUGGAUUUUUCUACCUUAUUUAUAAGAACUUAUCAAAGCUGUUUGUAACUUUGUUUAGGGAUUGUUAGUGAAAGUAGAAUUUGUAUUGAUUGUUAAAAUUUUCAAAUUCUAUUGGUAUAUGUCAAUGAGUUUUAACAUU